AUUGCUGGGAACAAAUGCAUAACAGGUCCUUGUUAGCGGGGUGUUACUAAAUAUUCUUUGCAAUAAGCUAGCUGAAGAACAUUAGCUAUCUCUACAUUAAGAAUCGUGCAAUAAGACAAGUUGUCUUUUCGUCCGAAAUGACUUUCACGGUUUAUCUGCAGAGGUCGUUCCUUUAAUUCUGUGUUAGCAUCCGGCAACAUGACGGUUCCAGCUUUGCAAAACACAAGUGUGUUCUAUCGAAGGGUCCUGUCACAGUUUCCUCAGGACAUUAGCCUAGCAUUUGCCUAUGGAUCUGGCGUGUUUAAACAAGCGGGAACUCCCCAAGGUCAAAUGGGGAAAAACAUGUUGGACUUUGUGUUUGCGGUGGACGACCCAGUCACCUGGCACACCAUGAACCUGAUGCAGAACCGGAAACAUUAUUCCAUCCUGAAGUUCCUGGGGCCCAGGAAGAUUAGCACCAUCCAGAACGACCAUGGAGCUGCAGUGUAUUACAACACGUUGGUACCUGUGGAUGGAAGGAUAAUCAAGUAUGGGGUCAUAAGCACAGAGUCACUGAUUGAUGACCUUCUUCACUGGAAGACUCUGUACAUUGCUGGCAGGCUGCAUAAACCAGUGCAGAUCGUCCUGCAGGGGGACAAUGAGAAGCUCCGUGCUGCCUUGGUGGGGAACCUGAAGAGCGCGGCCACGGCCUGCUUCCUCAUGCUGCCGGAGAGCUGCUCUGAGGACGACCUCUUCCUCCAGAUCGCUGGGCUCUCCUAUGCUGGGGAUUUCAGGAUGGUGAUUGGAGAAGAUAAGGCCAAGGUUGCAAACCUAGUGAAGGAUAAUUCCCAACACUUCAGGACGCUCUACAACAAUAUUCUACAGGAGUGCCCACAAGUGGUGUACAAGCCACAACAAGGGAAGCUUGAGGUGGAUAAGAGCCCUGAGGGUCAGUUUGUCCAGCUGAUGGCUCUGCCCAGGACCCUCCAACAGAGGAUCACCCGGCUAGUGGAUCCCCCGGGGAAGAACCGUGACGUGGAGGAGAUCCUCCUCCAGGUGGCCCAGGACCCAGACUGUGGCUCCGUGGUACACCAAGCAAUAUCAUCCAUAGUGAAGUACGCAAGCAUAACACAAAGUGCCAAAGGGGUAGUUACUGCUGGACUUCUGAAAUCAGUGUCAUAUAGCUCCAAAAAGCUUCUGAAAAUGUGGAAGGGAUGGAAGAGGAAGGCAUCUUGAUACCUGCAUGGUUCCUCCACACAGGAUGUAUUUUUUGUUUUUGUUCCUACACCCCUGACAUGACAUGGUUUCUCUCCUGUGUGUGUCCUUGUGCACAACCAGGUGGCCCUUCUGAGCAAACUGUUUGUUACAUUGUUGACACUGAAAUGGUUUCCCCUGUGUGAAUAGCCGUGUUCGACUUCAUGCAGUGCCGGCUGCAGCCGGCUGACUUGAAGCUGAGAAUGCCAUUGGCUGCUUCAAGUCAGCCGGGCUGCUGGCGGCUGCAGGCGACGCCGGCGCUGCAUGAAGUCAAAUGCACCUAUUGUCUCCUUAGUCGGUGUCCCCCCUUUGACUUACUGGAAUAAACCAUCGACCUUAUGGGUCCUCUAAUUUUUUAGAAAGGGUGUACCUAUUGUAGACGGUUUGUCAGGAUGGUGUAUGGAGUGUAUCGGGACACAUUUUAUUUGUGACGGUAGAUAAGAUGAGUUUUAUUCAACCUCUUGAAAUGUUGCUUUUGUUCAAUACUGUACAGUUCAUUCCUCUCAAAGCACCACAUCCCUUCAAAGCACUCACAAUGCCCUUAUGAUGUACAAUUGAUCACAGAUGUCCUUGAAUACUGUUUUGUAUGUCUUUCUUAGCUAAAUAUACAGGGAUGCUUUCAAGGAUUGAAAGCUUUUGAGUAAUUUUUUUGUUCACUAUAUAAAAUAAAAAUACAGAACACUCA